UUUGGUCAAAGUUUAAAACUGAGGCUGUUACCUGAAAGAGUUCUCAAUUAUUUUCUAAAAGAAGAUGGCGAAUGUUGCUUAACACACUGCCCUGUCCCCACAACUUUUUUUCCCCCCUUUAAAUAUAUACGAUUAUUUUCUCUUCUGUCAACAAGCUUUAGCCCCUUUCCCUUUUGUAAUUUCAGUUAACCGGAUCCAUGCUGCUUUCCAUAUGGAUGUGGAAUCUCUGGUUUCCACCGAGCUGCAGGGCUGAAGGAUGAAGAGACAGGACACUAACGAGCAGGAGACAACAGUGGAGAAUCCCGCUGGAGCUCCACCCAGCCCAGGGGACACAACAGAAAGUACAGAACCCGCUGAAACUCCCGGGAGUCCACAGGGAGGAGAAUCCCAGGCGGCUGAAACUCCACCUCUUGACGCCAGUUCUAAUGAUGGUUUGGCCGAGGCGGGCGCCCUGGCCUCCACCUGCGACAUGGCCGAGGAGCUGAGCCGGCAGCUGGAGGACAUCCUCAGCACCUACUGCCAGCAGGAAGCCACCGAGGACGCGGCCCUGCCCAACGGCCAGGCGGACGGCCUGGAGGUCAACGGCGUAGCCGACAGCAAGACGGAGGAGGUCAAAGUGAACGGCGGCAGCGGUGGCGUAGAGAAGGACCAGAAGAAGACGCAGGACAAGAAGAAAGUGAAAGGGCUCGGAAAAGAGAUAACUCUUCUGAUGCAGACUCUGAACACACUGAGCACCCCUGAGGAGAAGCUGGCAGGCCUGUGUAAGAAGUAUGCAGAACUGCUCGAGGAGCACCGCAGCUCCCAGAAGCAGAUGCGCGUGCUGCAGAAGAAGCAGACACAGCUCAUCCAGGAGAAGGACCACCUGCGCAACGAGCACAGCAAAGCAAUCCUGGCGCGCAGCAAGCUGGAGAGCCUGUGCCGUGAGCUGCAGAGACACAACCGCACGCUCAAGGAGAGCGGUGUCCAGCGCGCACGGGCCGAGGAGGAGAUGAGGAAGGAGGUGACGUCCCAUUUCCAGGUGACGCUCAACGACAUCCAGGCGCAGAUGGAGCAGCACAACGAGAACAACGCCACGCUGCGCAAGGAGAACAUGGAGCUGGCCGAGAAACUCAAGAAGCUCAUCGAGCAGUAUGAGCUCAGGGAGGAGCAUAUAGACAAAGUGUUCAAGCACAAAGACCUACAACAACAGCUGGUAGACGCUAAACUCCGCCAGGCCCAGGAGUUACUUAACGACUCAGAGGAUCGCCACAAGAAGGAAAAAGAGUUUCUCCUGAAAGAGGCCAUGGAGUCUCAGAGAAUGUACGAGCUGAUGAAGCAGCAGGAGGAGCACUUAAGAGAGCAGUUGUCAUUAUACACAGAGAAGUUUGCAGAAUUUCAAAAUACGCUUUCCAAGAGCAAUGAGGUGUUCACAACUUUCAAACAGGAAAUGGAGAAGAUGACAAAGAAGAUUAAGAAGCUGGAGAAGGAGACGACGAUGUACAGGUCACGCUGGGAGAGCAGCAACAAAGCCCUGCUGGUGAUGGCAGAGGAGAAAACGCUGCAGGAUAAGGAGCUGGAGGGCCUGCAGCAGAAGGUGCAGCGGCUGGAGAAGCUGUGCCGGGCGCUGCAGAUCGAGCGCAACGAGCUCAGCAAGAAGAUCCAAGAUGGCAGCAACCCACCAGAGGCCUCCGGAGGAGGAGAGAGAGGAGGAGGAGACGCAGAUAGAGGAGUUGGUGAGGAGCAGGAGGCCACAGACUCUGAGGAGGGCAGCUCCUCCUCUCUCCCUGUCCCCGACGCCGCCCAGCCAGAGACUGCGGCCGCCGCUGGCUCCUGCUCCGCUGCAUGCCACUGCGUGCCCGAGCUGGUGGCCGAGGCGCAGAGGGAGGUGUGCGUGCUCGCGGCCCAGGAUUGAGGGCCCUCCAGAGGCAGAGGCCCAGAGCCUCUUCUCCUUCACCCCCCCUCUCUCUCUCUCUCUCUCUCUCUCUCUCUCUCUCUCUCUCUCUCUCUCUCUCUUCCCCACCCAUCCACCACCACCACUACCAUUACCUCCCUACACCAGCUGUCCAGCUUUAGGUUUCGCUCCGCCGCCGCCACCGCAGCCGCAAGUGUGGUCAUGUCUGUGUGGCGGUCUCCUCUCCGCUCGAAGAGUUGGCCGUCGUCAGGGAAGAUUGUGCCUUUCGAGAUGGUUCUUACUCUGCGCCUUUCUCACUUUUUGUUUAUUUGACGUGUUCGCAUUUAUUAGCCUGUUUCUUUUUUUUAUUUGUUUGUUUUUUUUUUCUCUCCCAAGUCCAUUCCAUUUGGGCAAUAAGCACUGCACCCUGAAAGUGAGCUCACUAUCGAGCGUUUUGAACAGGCACAGAAAAGUCGCCGCUGCUUGAAAAUGCUAAACCUUUAUUGAAGAAGACGGAGCUGAAAUGAUCUUGUGCGUACAAACCUGUGUGGGUUUGUGUGAGUGGGUGUGUGUGUUUGUGUAUAGGGGUGUGGACAUGUACUCUUGCUUGCACUGCUGCAUCUGUCUGGAUUAUAUUUACCAUUGAGAAACUAAAGUGGAUGUUUAAGAGCACCUAUGAAAGUCUUUGAAUGUGACUGCAGUGGAUCAAGUGCAAAGACUUCAUCUUGGGUUUAGUUUCAGUCUUAAGUUAGUAAAGUUAAGUCUUUCGCCUUAAUGUAUAUCUUCACUCACUCCAUAUUUUAAAUGAUACGUUGUUCCUAAUAUAAAAAAAAUAUUUCAGAAUUAUUACAGGAAGGUGUAGUUUUCCCCUCUUCCAGAUCGUUUAUGUAACUAAGUCUUUCUGCAUAGUCAAAAUGGCAGUAUUUGUAAUACCACUAAGUUGACUUUGAAUUGGUUUAUUAAAUAUUUUGAGUUUAUAUAUUGACUAUAUUGAGUUUAUAUAUUGUCUUAGGUGAUCCUUAUAUGGCAUUUUGCUUCUCAUUCAUUCCAUUGUAUUACUGACAAACAUUUCACUUGAAUGUGAUCAUGACCACUGAAAAAUAUAAGACCAGUUCUAUCUUUCGAUACAUGAAUCGUUUGAUCUUCAUAUAGCAUACAGAUACUAUAAUCUUUUGAAUUGAAUCAGGUAAAUAAAGUGACAACAGAUCAUUCCUAUGCAAUACCAGCCUCUGGUCUGUUCAGAUGCCUUUUGUUUGGUUUCUGUUUGAGUACCACCGCAAGACUUUAUCACCCUCCUAUGAGAGAAGGAAUGUAUAAUUUCACCUCUUAUAUUCAGCACAUGCUGAUAUUGCGCUCAAAGAUUGUUUUCCUUUCCUUUUAACUUUUUUUUUUGCUUUUGAUAAAAAAUAUUCCCCUCUUGUCUAUUUUAAGUCUACCUUUUUACUGUCCCUAAUGUCAUCAAAGAAACUGUUUUACCAUCUACUGUUUUGUCCAGUGGUAAGAUAACUGUAGCAUGGGGUUAUUGUCCAGUUUAUAUUUAAGUCUUCCAUUUGACUCCAUGUAUUGUGGACAGAUAACUGAGCUCUGAUUUCUGAGAACCAGUUAAGUGCAACAAAAAGCAAACUUCAUUUUUGCUAGAUUUCUUUCAUGGCAAAAGAUUUUUAUUUUCAUUCCUUUGCACUACUGUUGGAACCUACUGCAUUGAAUAGGUACCAAAGAUGUCAUGGCUCCUUUAUUUGUUUUUGUUUUUUUUGUGACCUGUACAAAUAAUUUGCAAAUUAAAGAUAUUCAGAAAAGUA